UUGACACCAACAAAUAAGGCAGACGACUCUUCGGACAGCUACUCAACCAUGGACUACAACGAAGGAGAUUUAACAACUAGGCCCAGGAGGCCUGUGGUUAUACCGGUCUCCACCAGAACUCUGCACCAUCCUUCCUUCCAGUCUCUCUACAUGGCUGCUGCCUUUGCUCGGCAUCACCGAGGCUGUAACGACCAAACGGUUGCUCCAAUCAGCCCAGCAGAGUUCUUCUACACUGACCCCACCAUGAGCUAUAGGAUCCCCAACUUUGUCACUGAAUUAAGGGUUACUGAUAGUUUACAGCUCAACACUCCUCCUCCAGUUAUGUCCGCCUGCUUGGCCCCACCAAACCGGCCUGACCCAUUCAGAUCUGGCUCGCAUCCCACCAGAGACCUGGGUGGCUCUGAGUGGGUGGAGAACCCAAUUUCUACACCAGUGCAACCAAGCUGUUACGUUGUCCAGCUCACCCAGGAAGAGGACCAGGUCAUUACCAACCUGCUGAAGCUGCACCACAAAGAGCUUGGACAAAUUGAUGAGACACAGAUGGAGUUUGAUGGUGCUGAAGAGUCACCAGUGAACAUUACCGCCUCCUUUUCCCACAGUCACUGUCAACCUGUGAUUUUAACUUCGCUUAGUGAUGAAGAACAUCGACACAAGGAUCUAGGGUUACAAAGUAAGUUGCAGCAGGGAAGGCGUUGGUCAGACGCAGAGCUUGAAGCAGCCGACACCCUUUUGAGCUGCUGUUGUGUUGAGGAGGAAGACCAGGAACGAGGAGUAAUGCUUCCUCUCCCUCUACCAUCCCAGCAUAAUGAAGAUUUGGUAAAAAGCACUGAAAUCCAGCCAGGAUCUGAGACUUUAACCACGUUCGAAGCCAGUAACUUUACUCAAAAUGACACUUGUAUAAAUGAGAACAGAGAACCAAUCUGGAGGAACUUCAGAUCUGUCGAGGACAUAAGUGUCUCUAAGGUGAAGCAGAUGCUGUCAGACUCUGAGGGUGAUGCUUUGUGUGUGCUCCUUAGCCUUGGAGAUGUGGCGACUUUGAAUAUCCUGCAGUGAUAAUCUCCUUGUACCUAGAAGUGUGUGUUCUUUUUGUGUUCGUUGUUCACCUUCAUUAUGGACACCUCAUUGCCCCCUUUUUUUUUUUUGCUAUUUUCUAUUUGUUUUUGCAGUGGUCGUUUCCCACUUGAGUACAAAUGAGAACAUUUCCAUGUUUACCGUUGAAUAUUGCACAUUAUGCCUCAUU